ACGGUGGAUUAUAAGAUUAGUUUUGUAGCAUGUGUUUACGGUCCAGUAUCCACUUCAGCUGAAGGAAUCAACAUCAACAGCAUAACAGCUGCAGCUCAGACGAUCUUGAGGAUAUAUUUAGGUGAGCAAUUAUAAAAAUGCAAGAUACAAUAAUUUCUUAUUUUUUGUAGUUAAUAAACCACCAUUAUUGUGAUCAGUGUUUGCUUAAGUUGGGCUCUUGACUCUUAGUUUUCUUUAACUUAUUCGGCUUGCAUUUGUGUUUCAUUAAGAACACUUGUGAAUUUGUAAAGAAAGAGAUGUUUGCUUUCUCUGUUCAGUGUCAAGCUUCUUUAAGUUAUUCUUUAAGGUUGAAAUUACAAAUGGGAGCGUUAAAAUCAAAAGAUGCAAAACUCUCACCUGGUAAGUUUGUCAUGUUUUGUUAAAGAAUAUAUAGUAUAAAUUGUGGAAGUCAUUUGUGUUUGUAAUCAUUAAACCCAUAUGUGUACACUUCCAUAGCUAAUGAAAUAAAAUCACUUUUAUGUAGGGACAAAAAUUUAACUAUUAAUAUUCAAUUGUAAAUUAUUAAAAAAUAUAUCAAUUAUGCUAAAUUAUUAACAGUUUCAUAUUUGGAACUGACUGUUUGCACGGUAAUCUAAAGAGACCUGAUAUGUCAGGUUAUAUGUUUGUUUAGACAGAAUAUGGUGUAUCCACAGUUCAUUGAUUGCUAUACUAACAAUGUAAGCAUGAAGCAUGAGUCUUCUUAGAUGCUUAGUUUUUUUUAAGUUUGCAUGCAAAAUUCACAUUGCUCGAAAAUCUGGGUGAAUGUGUACUCACCAUGUGCAUGUUUUUCCCAUUUCACAGAAUUUGACACACCUUGGAGAAGCACACCCUGGGGAUAAGUAACAACAUUUAUAAUUGCCUUACUACUGGAAGUUUGGCUUACCAACAAAAUUGUCUUUGUAAAAUAUGACCCUGUCUCAACAGGGAGAAAGAUUAUCUGGAGAAAAACCUGAGGGACUUUCGGCUGAAUCAUCCAAAUGUGGAAUAUGUCAGGAUCUUGUUAAUUGGAGAUGUUGGAGCAGGAAAAUCAAGCUUCAUCAACUCAAUCAACAGUGCUUUCCAGAAGAGAAUCACAACAGAGGCUCUUGCUAAUUCCACAUCUUCUGAUUCUUUCACAAAAACAUACAGAACCUAUUACAUUAGGAGUGGAGAAUCUAUUCUGCCGUUUGUCUUCAAUGACGUCAUGGGCUUAGAGUCUCAGGAAUCAAAGGGUGCACAUCCAGAGGACAUAGUCAAAGCCCUACAGGGAUUCAUGAAGUAAGGACACAAAUUCAAUCCAGCAUCUGCUGUUUCUGUUGAUGGUGAGGGCUACCAAAGUGAUCCAACCCUUCAGGAACAGUCAUACUGCCUGGUUUAUGUCAUGGCAGCUGAUAAAGUACCAUUCAUGAAUACAGAUGUCAUUAGAAAGAUGCAAAAUGUUAGGACAAAGGCAAGUGAACUGGCUUCCUGGCUGAAGCUAAACGUUUUUGUAAGUCGUGAGGUUUCAAGGCACUUCCGGCAGCAUCUAACCUCAGCUUCUCUAGCUCUCUGAGCUUAUGGUUACAAGACUUUUCACUGCAAUAUUUUUAUGUUACUGUGAAUGCACGUGUACAACUAGAUUUCAUUUUUACAGUUUGCAAUGUGAAAUUGAUAUCCUUCAGUGUUACAUAUUGGUCUAUAUAUCAUAUCUAUUUAAUUUACUCACUUUUAUAACUAGCAUUGACACUAUGAUGUGUAGACCUAAUUUAACCCAAGAUUGUCCAUCAUUACCUUAAGCAUUUUUAUGUUCCAUGCAAUGAAGCCUUUAAAUAAGCAUUGGUUUAUAAUGUUAUAAUGUAGCACUAAAUCCUAUUAAGUGAAAUCAGAGUUUAUGAUAUUAUUUAUAUGUUACAAAUAAUACAAAUAGCGUGCGUGUGGUCUCCAUUUCCUGUAUACAUGUAUGAAAAAAACAUUGCCUGCAUAACUGAAAGUGAAAAUAUACCAGGUUUAGGGGAAAAGCUGUUUCUUUUGGGUUGUUUUAAGAGCGAGUGGCAAGUAAAGUCAAAAUUAUCUUGAAAAAACAACAACAACAAAAAGAAUGGGACAAAGCAAGUCGACAUAUCAAAAACCACCAGAAGGUGAGAGGAACUUUAUAUAUUAUUAGUAAUAUGAUGAUGAUUCUCAUUAUUAUUGUUAUUGCUGUCCUAGAAUUUGGAACUCCUUGGAGAGACUUUGAUUUUGGACAAAAAGCAGUGCUGUUAAAGCGUCUGAAGGAGUUCACUUUGAGUAAUCCAGAUAUAAAUCAUAUUGGGAUUCUGGUUGCUGGACAAAUUGGAGCAGGCAAAUCCAGCUUUAUCAACUCUGUCACUAAUGUCUUUGAAGGACGGAUCACAAACAGAGCUCAGGUCAAUUCAUCUGCUACUGAUCACAGUUUCACUGAAAUAUACAAUACUUAUUGUAUCAGAAGUGGGGGUGCCAUUUUGCCUUUUGUCUUUCGUGACAUAAUGGGCUUGGAGCCAGAAAAUUUCAAAGGGUCUUCCACCGAAGACAUUGUCAAUGUGGUUUUGGGCCACAUAAAGGAUAAGUAUAAAUUUGACCCAAAAGACCCACUGAGCGUUGAGAAGGAACAUUUUAACAUCAGUCCUACACUCGCUGAAAAAGCCCUUUGCCUCGUUUACAUCAUAGAUGCAAAUACAGUCGACUUCACAGAUGACAAACUCAUCGAGAAGCUGAGAGCGAUCCGUCUGAAACUCAGAGAAAAGGGGAUUCCUCAGAUGAUUGUCAUGACCAAGGUGGAUGAAACAUGUCCACUGGUGAAGAAAGAUCUCAAAAAAGUAUAUUCUAGCGCAAAGAUCUAUGCGAAGAUGCAGAUGUGCAGCGACAAAGUGGGUGUGCCAAUGACCAGCAUCUUUCCAGUGAAGAACUACCAUGAAGAGAUUGACACAAAUGACACAAUUGAUGUUCUGAUUCUAAAAGCACUGGAUCAGAUUGUACAUAAUGCUGAUGAUCUACUGCGGGAUGGUGCAAUUUAAAAUGUUAUGUAUAAUGAAUUCAAGUGGGAAUAAGAGUUCUAAAAAGUCUAGAAUGUGAAGUUUUUCCUUAUUUUUGAAGAUUCUGUGUUUUUAUGAGGAAACAUUUCAUAAGGUCGUGUUUGAACAUUUGCACACAAUUCAGAUAGAUUUUUUUCUCAUUUUGCUUUUUCUGAAUCAUUGCUUCAUCACAGAGCUUGUGUUUUGUAAUACAAUCAGAUUUUCCUUCAAAUGCUUAAUACUCAUUUAUCAAAUUUAUAGCUAGUAAUUUUGCAUUUAUCAUUUUUUUAAGAAUUUCCUCCUUUUAUACUAAUUUUAAGCAAACCAUGAAUAAAGAACGAAAUUUAAAAUUG